CAUUUUGAUCGGAUUGCUAAGGCUUAGGCGGAACUAUUAUGUUGAUGCACACUUAAAAUAACCGAGCAUGGCGUCGGGUCAUUUGUGCAAGCUGCACACUGUUUUAUCACGACUUUCGUACGUAGAUUUGCUGCGAAAUGUGCAAACUUGCUUGGUGCCACUUCGACAGAAGUCCAGUGCUGACCCUUCAUCACUUCAAGGCCAUAACUGUGACGCUGAAAUAGGUGUUACUUCUGACGGGAAAACCAUAGUAUGCUACCAUCCUGCUGUCGCCGUUCCGUAUGAGCUCACUCAGCCCAUAGAGCGACCAGACCCUUUGACCAACCCAGCAGAAACCCACGAUCAGGUUUUGAAAGCCCACCUCAGCAAAGAGUUGCUGAAGGACAAAGGGGAGCCGACUAUAGAGGAGCUGAGCAAGAUGUUUUUCACCACGAAACACCGGUUUUAUCCAAAAGGACAGUAUCACAGGAGGCGCAUCAAUAAAAAACCCCCAAAGGACAGAUAAAUGACGUCUGUACUCUGUUUGAAUUUUAAAGACAUUGUAUAAUAAACUGGUAAAUGUUGAA